AUGUCUACCAUUAAAUUACCCAGCACAAUGCGUGCCCUUUUGCACGACCAGAAAAAGCAGACUCUAAGCAUUGCCUCGACUCCUCUGCCGAGUCCAUCCUCGACCCAAUACCUCAUCAAACCACACGCCGUAGCCCUCACAACUGGCGAACUCCUCUGGCCUCGCCCGGGUAUCUCAACGCCCGGCGUAGAGUUCGUCGCUCAGGUUGUCGCAACUCCGUCCUCGAGCUCCAAGUUCAAGCCAGGAGACGCGGUCUACGGGCGGGUCACUUCCCCCCAGCCAGGAGCUGCAAGGGAAUACUCAGUCUCGGACGACAACGAACUUUCUCUUCGGCCAAAGAAUCUGUCCAUCAACGAGGCAGCCACCGUGCCAGUGAGCGCCUUGACUGCGUGGCAAGCAUUGUUUGAGCAAUUUAAACUCUGCCCUCCUCCAGCCCUCGACUCUGCUGCAAGGUCGCCCGCACCCACUCAACAGGCUCAGCAGCAGCGCAUCCUCAUCACCAACGCCUCCGGUGGCGUCGGAAUCUGGGCAGUCCAGCUCGCCAAACUCAUCGGCCUCUACGUGAUCGGCACCACGGGGCCUAACAACAUCGACUUCGUCCGCUCUCUGGGCGCCGACGAGGUCCUCGACUACCGCACCACGAACAUCCGCUCAUGGGUCGAGCAAGACCCGUCCGGCACGCGCAAGGUGGAUUUCGUCCUGGACUGCAUCGGCCAAUCCUCGCUCGAACAAGCAUGGCACGCGGUCAAGCCAGGUGGCCAGGUCCUGACCAUCGCGCCACCAGCGGACAUGCAGUGGAAGUUCACCCUGGAUCGUCCCGAAGGCGUUGACGAUAGCAUCACGGGCAAGUUCUUCAUCAUGCAUCCCGAUGGGGAGCAGCUGGGCAAGAUCACCGCGCUGGCGGAACGGGGCAAAGUCAGGGCCGUGGUGGAUAGCGUGUUCAAGCUGGACGAGUAUGAGAAGGCGUUUGAACGGUUGGCCAGUGGCAGGACCAGAGGAAAGGUCGUGUUGAGGAUCGAUGAUGAGGUGUAG